GGGAGGGGCCGAGAAAGGGGCUUGAGGGGUAAAAAGGUUGGACACCUGCGGGCGGAAGGCUCUGAGUGGGUACAGCCGCGCGGGGGUCCUUCGCAGAGGACGGGUAGGGAUUCUGGAAGAGGAGGUGCGGGGCCGUACCGAGGGGGCGGCCGCCAGAGCAUGCGCACGGGCUCUGCAGCGGUCGGGCGCGGAGUUGGGGCGCGGGGACGCGGGGCGGCGCGAAGCGGGGCCCUCUGCCGCCCCGCGCUCUCAUGUACGCCUUCUACUCGCUGCUCAUCUACAUCUUCUACAGCCUCUUUCGCAGGGAUGGCGGGGCCGCGGCGGCCGCCGACCCUGGGAACCCCGCCCAGGUGAGCGGGGGCGGGCGCAGCUCGGCCUGCGACCCCCUUCCGGAGAACGGUUUUGCAGGCCGGCGCUGCAGUGCCCGCGGCAAGCCCGGGGGUCGCCGCCGCCCCGACCAGCCCACCGCAGAGCUGUGGACCGAGCUGACCGGCCUGGUCGGCUGCUCGGAGUCCGAGGAUGGGCCGGGAGGGGCAGCGGAGGGCCGUCCGGCCGAGGUCUCACUGGAGGAGGCUCUCGUGCGUCUUGCGGAGUUCCUCUCAGUCCAGCUGGGGGCGGAAGAGAGCUUCGGGAAUUCUGCCGACCUGAGCAAGCCUGGUGAUGUUCCCCCACUGUUGACGGUGACCGGUCAGCUCUUGGCCCUCCUGGCAUGGAUUCGGAGCCCCAGGGGGAGGCAGGUCCUGCCCCAGGCGACGCAGCCAGCCUCAGGGGUGCAGCCCCCCACUCCUGCUGGAUCCCCAUCCCAAGAAGAAAGCCCUCCUGUUUCACCAAGGGGUGAGGCCCAGGGGCAGCAGCCUCCUCAGUUAGAGGAGGACCAGAGAGCUUGGCAGCGGCUGGGACAGCUUAUCCUUGGACAGCUGGAAGAGCUGAAGCAGCAGCUGGAACUGCAGGAGAAGGAGCUGGGCCAGCUGCGUGUGGGAGUGGAACAGGAGGAGGCAGAGGCACUGCUGGAGCUCCGGGGCCGGCUUCAAGAGGCCCAGGACACCACAGAAGCUCUCCGAGUCCAGCUAGGGGUGCAGGAGGUGCAGCUUCAGGGCCUUCGGGGGGCCCUCCGGCAGCUCCAGCAGGAGGCUGAGCAGAAGUGCAGGAGGGAGCUGCAGCAGAUGCGCGGGCAGCUGGCAGGACUUCGUGCUCGCAUGGCCAGCUUGCGUCAGGGCUGUGGGGAUCUCCGAGGACUGGUCAGCACCUUUACCCAGAGCUGCCAGGGUUCGCUGAGCGAAGCCCGGGGCCAGGUAUCGUGGGCCCUGGGGGCACUGUCAGCGGGCGGGGCUGGGACUCAGCUCCUUGAGGCACAGCAGGGGCCCCCAACUGGAUGCCCAGGGCGGCUGCUGGAGCUCAAGGGAAACAUCCGUGUGCUCUGUCGGCUGAGGCCAGGGACACCCUCCAACUUGGUGAGCUUAGAGCCCGGCCCGGGUGGCACUGUCACCACCUGCUAUCGAGGGCACCAGCGUCGCUUCCGCCUGGACUGGGUCUUCCCUCCACACGCCAGCCAGGAGGAGGUCUUCAGGGAGCUGGAGUCGGCUGUGCUGUCCUGCCUCGGAGGCUACAGUGUCUGCAUUUUCACCUACGGUCAGACAGGGACGGGAAAGACCUACAGCAUGGAGGGCCCACCUGAGGACCCUGGCAUAGCUCCUAGGGCGCUGCAGUCACUGUUCCGGGAGAUGGGAACAGGGGGACAGCACCACGUGACCCUCAGCAUGGUGGAGAUCUACAACGAGGCUGUCAGGGACCUCCUAGCCCCAGGGCCUCCCCAGCGCCUGGCAGUGAGGCAGGGCCCAGCAGGCGAAGGGGGGAUCCAGGUGGCUGGCCUCACCCACUGGGACGUGCCCAAUCUGGAGUCGUUGCACCAGAUGCUGAACCUGGGGAGGAGCAACCGGGCCACCGCCGCCACAGCCAUGAACCAGCACAGCUCUCGUUCGCACGCCCUGGUCACGCUGACGCUGCGCACGGCGUCCCCAUCAAGCGGUCCCGGCACCGCAGGCACGCUGCACCUAGUGGACCUGGCAGGGUCCGAGCGCGCCUGGAAGGCAGGGGCGGCCGGCACGUCGCAUGAAGACCGGGACGGCGCUCAGCGUCUGCGGGAGGCUCGGACCAUCAACCGCUCGCUGCUGGCGCUGGGAGGAGUGAUGGCCGCGCUGCGGGCUCGCCGGCCACACGUGCCCUUCCGCGACUCGCAGCUCACGCGCCUGCUGCAGCCCGCACUGGGCCCUGGCGCCACCGCUGUGCUGCUGCUGCAGGUGGGGCCAGGCGGCCGCGGCCCGCGGGAGGGUCGUUUGCAUGCCAGGCGCCGCCCACCCGGGCCCGCCCACCAGCGCCGCUCCCCGCAGGUCUCCACGCGGCCCGAGGAUCUCGGCGAGACCGUGUGCUCGCUCAAGUUCGCCGAGCGAGUGGGGCGAGUGGAGCUGGGGCCUGCUAGGCCCCGCAGGGCCCCGCGCUCCGGGACGCCCUCCUCCCUGAGCACCGACACACCACUCUCUGGGACCCCCUGCACCGCCACGCCCUCGCCCGGCAGCCCUCCAAGCCCCGGCCUGGACAGCGGCUCCAGCUCGGCCCUGGCACCGCCGGAGGACCUGCCUUCGUAGUCCUGCCCGAGGAGUCUGGGUCGCGUCUCUGCCGGCAGAGGCAGCGAAGUCCCUAUUCCCCCCACGACCUCCUUGAUCUCUGGGGGCCCGCUGCCCCCCAGACUCCCAGAGUCCACCCCUUUCUGUCCCGCCCCCAGAAGUGUUCCGCCUGGGGUAAUGAUCACACCACCGCCCCCCCCCCCCCCCCCCCCGCCCCGGCCCCUAGCCUAUCGCCAUCUGCUGUUAUCGCCGCGCACAGCAGGGGAUCCCAGAGUCGCGGAGGCAGACCCUGGCCAAGUGGCCACCAGACUCACUACCCCAUCACCAAACAUCAGACUUGCAUUAAAAUGUCGUUUGUUCCUUUA